AUGUUUGGAAAUCUAUGUGAGCCAAACCAUUUUCUGGCUGUUCUUCCCCCAUUUUCCAUCCUUUUGCUAAUGAUGUUGAGUGAAGAAGUUUGGAAGGCUGUUUUUCCGCUACUUGAAGGCACAGACCUUGCUGCUUGUAUGGUGGUGUGUAGACAAUGGCAAGAGAUAGCCAAAGAUGAUUACUUCUGGAAAUGCCUCUGUGCCAAGAGAUGGCCCUCUAUCUGCAAGCAACCAUCCCCUCCCAUUGUGACCUACUACAAGCUAUUUCAAACCUUCUAUAAACGGCAGCAUCAACGAACUCUCCCACCCCCAAGGCUAUCCUUAAAUGACUUGGAGUUUUACAUUGACAUUUGGGCUGAAGAGAGGCUAAUAUUCUCAGAAAAGGUGCCAGGCCCUGUUCUUCAGAAGGGGAUCUGGGUCCCACCGCCUGGAAUUUGUGAUGUGCUUAGGUUUCACUUGGAGAGCCCAGAAUACAAGAUGACCCUACCUGUAGAGCCAAGGUUUGCUGUUCCUCAGAGCCAGACGGUUAGUGUCUCUGUGCUUGUUGGGCGCAAGGAUUCCAAAAGAGUUGCUUGCAUAAUUAACAAAUCAGUAUUUGAAUAUAUAGAUCGAACUGCUUAUAGGGCCCUUGCAUUUGACUACCUUGACUUCUCCCCUGUCUAUCCAUUUGUGUCUGGUAUUCGGGCAUGGAUAUCUUUGCUCUUCAUGGACCAUGGUAGUGAGGGGGUCAUUGAUGUUUUUGGAAUUGAAAUGGAUUUCUGUGAUGCUGCCAACUCCGAGGAGGAGGUCCUGUGGUUAUUAGACAUGCUUGAUUGGAAGUGAGGGAUCCAAUUAGGGACUGGGGGGCUUGUAAUUUGAACAGUUUCUAUUACUCUCUGCCUAACUGCACAAUCUGCCUUGUUGGUACAAUUUUUUGUUUCCAUUUCGAAGGAUGUAGAUAUUGGUUGUGAUGAAGAAUACAUUAUGGAAGUUUAUGAAUUUGCACACUGUAACAUUUCUUCACAUGUUAAUUUUUUGCAUAGUUUAGGUAUUCACAGCCCUUCAGCCACCUUCAAUUGGGGGGAAUGUUGCACUUGUUUCAUGGACUAGUCCUCAUGUUGCGCUCAUUGAAUCAGGUGGUUAUAUCAUUGGGGUUAUCUGAUUUGCAUAUAUUUCGUACCUAUGGGUUUAACAAAGUUUCUUGUAUGUGUAAUUCAUGUUCGUGUUCUUCAAAUCUUUAUCCAUUGUUCCCUGGUUCAGAUGGCCAGUAGCCAGGGGAGAUGAUUAUGUCUGCAAGCUUGGAGUUUUGCUUUUAAUAUCCUUUGGCAGCAGUGUCAUGGGAUCGUUCGGCUUGGAAUUAGCAGGAAUUUUGGUUCUAAACUUUUCUAGUUUUGAAAUUGCGGUAUUGAAUUGAUUUUAAUGACCUUUGUGACCUAGCAGGAGGGGCAUUCACAAAGUUCUCACGACGAUUGGGUGAAAAUUCAAGACUCUGCUUAGCAAGGGAAUGUGUUGUCUUCCUCAAAUGCUUGGUCUUGGCAUUCAACUUCCUCUUUUCUUCAUUUUGUGUUCUUAUGCAGUAGAUGUAGACAACUGGUACUGGUAGGGGAUGAAGAAUGCAGUGUACACUGUAGAGCAUGGUGAAUGAAUUUAUGCAGCAGUUAUCCGUAGGACUGUAAUGCAAACGGAGCCAUGCUCGGUUUGAGAUCUGCUAAAUCGAGAUUGACUCAUGAUAAACAAGUUGCAUAUUGAACAUUGCACGGGUUAU